GUAGCCAAAACUGGCCAUAAUUAUUCAAAAGAGCAGCACUAAAUCAAAAAUUGACCGUUACCAACACUGGAAUUGAUAAACAUAAACAAAAGCGCAAAUUAAGCCGGCAAUUUAUAAUUUAACCCCAUACUCAAUAACCGGCUACUUCCCGAAAUGAACAACCGCUUCCUGCCCAAUCUGGAGUACCUGCUGCAGGGCUCCAUCCUGGACUCUGCCGUGGAGCACUUGAUGCACAGGCUUAAGGGACUGUGCGACAAUGUGGACACAUCCCCGGAGCCCUUCCACGACCUGGAGGUUUGCAUGAGUCUGCGCCAGCCCAACACCCCCCAGCCGCUGCUGCUCCGCGUGCGCCGGGCUCUUGGACGCGACGCUCCCUUCCAGAUGCGCUACCUGGGCAAUCCCGAGGUGGACCAGCGGAGACCCACGCUGGUGCGGAAUUGCAUGGACUGCGCCUGUAGCAAUGGCAUCCUUGAGUUUCUCACAGAAAUGGGUUUCCGCCUGGAGUUCGAGUACAUAGCCAAAGGCUACAUGUUUCGCAAGGGCCGCAUGAAGAUCACCGUCUCCAAGCUCAUCAAAAUCGUGCCCGGCAAACAGCAGGACAUGGCCAACGAGCCAAUCUCGCAGAGCUACAUCGUGGAACUCUCCGUGGUGGCGCCCACGGGGCAGGAGGACGUCGGCGAGGAAAUGCGGGUGUUCGCCGAGCAGCUGAAGCCGCUGGUGCAGCUCGAGAAGAUCGAUUACAAGCGGUUGGGCGGCAUGCCGUAGGGCAAAUAAAGGCGCAGCACUUUGUAUUUC